AUGGAUACGGAAGUGGAGGUGGAGGUGGAGGAGGAUUCUCUAGCGGUGGAGGAUUCUCAAGUGGUGGAGGUGGAGGGUUCUCCGGAGGAGGCGCAGGAUUUUCUGGUGGUGGAGGAUUCUCUGGAAGUGGAGGAUUCUCAGGCGGUGGAGGUGGUGGUGGAGGAGGAUAUGGAGGAGGAGGAUGCAAUGCAGGGAGAGAUUCUUCAUGUUGAUGGCUCCUGCGUCGUUCCCAUAAUCUCACGCAACGUAUUUGUCUAUGACGCACCCGAACAGCAGGAAGAAAGCGGUCCACCGCCGAGUAUUCCUCCACCAAGAAUCGACCACAACAUCCUAUUUGUUCGCGUUCCUGAGAAGGGAGCAGCACCUGAGCCAAUCAUCGUUCCUCCACCAAGGCAACAGAGCGUGGUGUACGUCCUGAACAAGGAUGAUGGAGGAGGAGGACAGCAAGUGAUCGAAGUGACAGCUCCUCCACCGUCCAACCCUGAGGUUUACUUCGUUAACUAUGCUGAAGGAGAUAACCCUCAACUGCCCAUUGGAGUUGAUCUCCAGACUGCUCUCCAAGCGGCUGCCAACGGCGGAGGACAAGUCAUCGGCGGAGGCGGAGCAGGAGGAUUUGGCGGUGGUUCUGGUGGCGGAUUUGGCGGUGGUUCCGGCGGUGGAUUUGGAGGUGGUUCCGGUGGCGGUUUUGGCGGUGGUUCCGGCGGCGGUUUCGGCAGUGGUUCCGGCGGCGGAUUUGGCGGUGGUUCCGGCGGUGGAUUUGGCGGUGGUUCUGGCGGUGGUUCCGGUGGAAACGGCCUUGGUGGAGGCUACAGUCCUCCAGCACCUUCGAAUGCAUAUUCUGCGCCAUAG